AUAUAAACACUAACGAACCUAAUUAUCACAGUCCCAAUGAUCAGCAACUCAUUCCUGCGACAAUUAAGGUCAUGGAACAAGGUCAAACAAAUAUUCAAAUAGGAAAUAACUACAACCUAGUCGAUUAUACCUAUGUCGAGAAUGCUGCUCACGCCCAUUUAUUGGCUUCUGAUAAAUUGGUUGAUGGUAGCCCGGUAGCAGGCGAGGUAUUCAUUAUCACAAAUGAUUCUCCCGUACCAUUCUGGGAUUUGCCUAGAUAUAUUUGGGCUCAAUUUGGUCAUUUUCCGCCUUAUAUCAUCAAAUUUCCAGGCUUUGCGGGAUCCUUAAUUGCAUUGUUUGCUGAAUACUCAUCUUAUUAUACUGGGAAAGAAACGGGACUCAAUAGAUACAGAAUAAAGUUUACUGUUAAUAAUAGAUACUUUAAUAUAAGUAAAGCCAAGAAACUAUUAGGAUAUGAACCGAUCGUAGACCUAGAGGAAGAGGGCAAGACCGAUUACUAUGCUCGCAAGAGACUUGUUGUUCAAGCGAAGAACAAGUAUAAUUCACCGAAAUAUCGUUUGGUCGUCCGUUUUACCAACACGGACAUAAUCGUUCAAAUAAUCUAUGCCAAGUUAGAAGGCGAUCACGUUAUGACUGCAGCGUAUUCACACGAGCUACCGAAUUACGGCAUUAAAGUUGGUCUGACAAAUUGGGCGGCAGCGUACGCUACUGGCUUACUUGCCGCUCGUAGGGUUCUCACCAAACUCAGUUUAGCCGACAAGUACGAAGGUGUCACCAUACCUGAUGGUAAAGUCAGCACCAUCGAGGCGAUUGACGAUGCUCCACAUCCUUUCAAGGCUUUUUUAGAUGUUGGCUUGAAACGUACAUCAACUGGUUCCAAGGUCUUUGCUGCUCUGAAAGGUUCUUCUGAUGGUGGAAUUUUUAUUCCUCACAGUGAGAAUCGGUUCCCUGGAUAUGAUACGGAACAGAAAUCACUUGAUUCAGAAGUUCUCCGAAAAUACAUCUACGGUGGUCACGUGGCAGACUACAUGCGUCUUCUUCAAGAAGAGGACGAUGAAAAAUAUAAGCGCCAGUUCUCGAAGUUCAUCGAGGCAGGCGUUUCCGCUGACGAUCUAGAGAAUAUUUAUAAGGAAGCUCACACCAAAAUUCGUGAAAAUCCCGAGUUCAAACCUACGGAGAAGAAAGGAGACUACAAGAUAUUCAAAAAGUACAAGAAGCAUCGCCAGAACAUCAAGCAGAGAAGGAAUAAGGUUAAUCAAAAGAUUGAAGCUUUCAGACGCGCACAUGGAAAAGAUGAAGAUGAAGAAUGA